AUGCCUUUGGCUAGUGUCCGUGAUGUCUUUUCUACACUCGCCUUGUUAGUUGGACUGUGGGUUUUAUUUCUAAUAGCAGCCCAUCUCAUUUUGGAUAUUGAACAAGGAAACAAACACAUCAAGACCUUGAGUUUGACGUACUUUGGUAAUGCGUCAGACGACUCCACCGAAGAGAAGCUUUAUUUCGAUGAUGGACAAGGUGUGGACGACCCAAAUAUCAUGGAGUGUGAGAUACCUCACGACAAGUCAUUUCCAAACUGCAAAAAGCGUGUGGAGUUGUUGCAAAAGAACUGGCGAUUGAAUUCGUGCUAUAAGGAAUAUGAUGUGGACGGAACAACCUGCUCCAUUGUUAUAUAUUUAAGCGAGGUAGAGUCAUGGUGCCCACAAUUUCCCUGGAGGAAAUACCUGAGGAAGAAGGAACGAAGGCGUAAGAAGGCUGUAUUCCGAGAAUCUCCCGAUAGAUUACUCUCCAUGUUAAAGGCGAUACCAAGAUCUCAGUCAAUCAGGUCCCGAAUAUCAAACAUGUGGCCGUAUUGGAGAGAUGGUGUACAUUAUAUGCAGAAGAAACAAGGAAAUGGUGACACAAGAGGAAAAAGGAAGAUUAUGAUUUUCAUUGGCGAGUUGACAGAAGCUUCUGCAGACAUUUCAGGUUUAACAGAUAACCUGUUACAAUGGAGUGACCUGCUCGCCUCGCUGUACAUCCUUGGUCAUGAUGUCACUAUUCACUCAGAUCGAGUCGAAUUGCUGAGUUUCUUGACAGAUGGGAGCCAGUUCAUGUACCAUGGCUGUGAUAAAGGAGAGUCAGAUAUUGAUCUGAUAUAUAUCGAUAUAACAGGUUUACAAAUACUAAUGAUAUCAGCACCUGAUCCAAGAACACGCUCACUUAUAUGGUCUAAGUUCAGUUGUCGCCUUCGCGUGGUUUCUCCUUUUGGGAUGGACGCCGAAUUCAAUUACAGGGAUUAUUCCGGACCACUUAUGGGAGAACGUUCUCGACAAGGCAACUGGAACCUAAACCUCAAGCAGUUCUUGACCAGAUAUCCAGCAUUGUCAGUUGACAAUUCGUUCCUUGGUUUCUCAUUAAAAAGUAUCCGUAAUGAAUCAACUCCACAAAAAACCUCAAUGGCGUUUGUAUAUGGAAAGCCACCAGAAUUCAAGGCCCAUAAACAUUUUUUGAAGGCAAUUUACAAACACAUGAGGCUACACACAGCUAUGUUCACAGGAGGAGAAAAAGCUGCCCUACCAUUUAUGGUCAACCAUGGCAAUUUAAAUUUGACGAGUAUCAGACGACUGCUGAGAAAGUCCAAGUUGUUCAUAGGUCUUGGAUUCCCUUACGAAGGACAUCUUGUACUAGAAGCGAUUGCUCAAGGUUGCAUCUUCAUCAAUCCGAAGUUUUCUCCACGCAAAAAUCGUCUGAAUACUGAGAUUCUGAAGGAGUAUCCGUCAGCUAGAAAUUUAAGUUCACAGCACCCUUAUGCAGAAAUAUUCAUUGGAAAACCUAUGGUGUAUACAAUGAAUAUUUGGAAUAAAACAGAAACGGCAAGAGCGCUUAGAGAGAUUUUAAAACAGCAGGCAAAACUCAUCCUUCCCUUUGAGUUUACCUGCGAAGGAAUGCUAGAGAGAUUAAAUGCUUACAUUGAAAACCAGGACUUCUGCGACAAAUCUUACCACUGGCCACUCAACAAUGAUGACUUACGCAUUUCCAUUUCACGUGCAGGCGAAUCGUGUACCGACAAAUGUUUCAGAGAAGGUUUAACGUGUGAACCGGAGUACUUUUUUGUCUUGAAUUCCAGUAAAAUUUCCAAGUGUGCACAAGUAGUAUAUGAGAAAAGCAACGUAGCGCCGGCUAAAGAAGUAGUCACGUCAAAAUGUGUUCUUCAGCAGGAGCCUCUUCUAUUCAGCUGUGCUGCUCACAACUCCUCCUACAGGAGAUUCUGUCCAUGUAGAAGCUACAGAAAACAACAAAUAUCUCUCUGUGGAAGCUGCUUUUGAAUCAACUUGAUCCUAGAGAUUUGUAGUUAAGAGUAAUAUCUGUUGUUUUAUGAGGGAGCUCGACCAAAAAGAAAAAAAACACACUAUGUUUUCCCCUAAUGAAACAAGCCAGAACUAUGUAACGAGUCUGACCUGAGCUCGAAAAGUCGUUAGAAAUUGUAAUAAUGAUAAUGAUAAUGAUGAUCAUGAUGAUAAUGAUAAUAAUAAUGAUAAUAAACUGUCAACGUUUACAUGCACGCAGUCGAACAUCAUAAAUAGGCAUUCAAUUUAUGCGAGAUAAUCAAUACUAUCCAUCAGAGAGGUUACUUUACCGUCUUUGUCCGCACUUUCGACGUUUUGCGCGUUUUUUAGUUAAAUUUUACUUUUAACAUAGUAAAAUCGUGGGAAGUGUUGUAGGAAUGAAGAUCAUCCUUACUUAUGGUCUGGUCCUCACUGAGCUCGUCUCACACAACAGCGAACGUGUUACCGACUGUCAAAGGCUAAUUGUUUUUUUCAUUACAUAUGCGAAUUUUAAAGAGAACUACUUAUUGAUUACUUUUCGUUAAGGACCUUGGUAUACAGGGGUUUGAUGACGAAAUCACAGAGUGGUCUGUGUUGACCAAGCAAACAAAGAAAUUAGGUGAGGGAUAAGUUUUUACAUUUUAAGCGGUUGAGCUGUUUCACUUGCCUACAGAAAGUGGCGAUUCCGUGCCGCCAAUUGUUUUGUGUUCUUGUUCCUUAUACUUAUCAAUUGACCACCAGUCAGCUCUGAUUUUUCCGAAAUCAUCUUUUCAAGAUUUAACGUUAAUCUCCUUUUUAGACAUAUUCAUUCGCUUGUUGUACUUAUCAGAAGAACAUUGAUUAAUAACGUAUAUUAAUCUAACCUUAUUUUGGCGGUAAAGUACCUAAGACGUCUAAGUUAAGGUGGUUGAAUGUUUAUGUACUUUCUAGUUCAAUAAAGGCAAGUAGAUAUGUGCCACUGGC